AUCGCAGGUUAGCCUCCCAGCCCCGCCCCCAACUCUUGUAGUUUGUCAGAGGGGACGCUCUACAGCUCCUUUGCUUUCUGUGGUGGGUCGCUUGAAGGACUAUUAGACUAAACUUACUUUCCACAAUGGCAGCAAUACUCCGCUCCGUGCUGAAUAAGACACCUGCCGUGCAGCUGGGACGUAUGUGCUACUCGUCUGUGCCCACCACGAAGCUGUUCAUUGAUGGAAAGUUUGUAGAGUCCAACACGUCGGAAUGGCUUGACAUUCACAACCCUGCCACUAAUGAGGUGGUAGGCCGCGUUCCGAAAGCCACCCAGACAGAGAUGCUGGCCGCCGCCGAGUCAUGCUCCCGUGCGUUCAGCUCUUGGUCGGACACGUCCAUCCUCAGCCGCCAGCAGAUCUUCCUACGCUACCAGCAGCUAAUCAAAGACAACAUUAAAGAGCUAGCCAAGAUGAUCACACUGGAACAAGGAAAGACUCUGGCAGAUGCUGAAGGCGAUGUAUUCCGAGGACUGCAGGUGGUGGAGCACGCCUGCAGCAUCACAUCACUAAUGCUCGGCGAAACGCUGCCGUCCAUCACCAAGGAUAUGGACACAUACACCUACCGCCUGCCCAUCGGAGUGUGCGCCGGCAUCGCCCCCUUCAACUUCCCCGCCAUGAUCCCGCUGUGGAUGUUCCCCAUCGGCAUGGUUUGCGGCAACACCUACCUGAUGAAGCCGUCAGAGCGCGUGCCGGGAUGCACCAUGCUGCUGGCCAAAAUGCUGCAGGACUCCGGAGCGCCCGAUGGAACGCUGAAUAUUAUCCACGGGCAGCACGCAGCCGUCAACUUCAUCUGCGACCAUCCUGCCAUCAAAGCCAUUAGUUUCGUCGGGUCCAACCAGGCUGGAGAGUACAUUUAUGAGAGAGGAUCCAAAAACGGGAAGAGGGUGCAGUCCAAUAUGGGCGCCAAAAACCACGGUGUGGUGAUGCCCGACGCCAACAAGGAGAACACCAUCAACCAGCUGGUGGGUGCUGCUUUCGGAGCGGCCGGCCAGCGCUGCAUGGCGCUCUCCACCGCCAUCUUUGUGGGCGAGUCUCGCGAGUGGCUUCCAGAGCUAGUCGAGCGUUCCAAAUCACUACGCGUCAACGCAGGCGACCAGCCCGGCGCCGAUGUUGGCCCGCUCAUCUCACCCGAGGCCAAGGCCCGCGUGGAAUCUCUGAUCCAGAGCGGCGUCGCCGAGGGCGCCCAGCUGCUGCUGGACGGCAGGAAUGUCAACGUCAAAGGUUACGAAAACGGCAAUUUUGUGGGACCCACCAUCUUGGGAAACGUGACGCCGGACAUGACGUGCUACAAGGAGGAGAUUUUCGGGCCGGUGUUGGUGGUUCUGGAGGCUGACAACCUGGACGACGCCAUUGCCAUGAUCAACAACAACCCCUACGGAAACGGCACGGCAAUCUUCACCUCCAAUGGAGCCACGGCGCGUAAAUACACGCACGAAGUGGACGUUGGCCAGAUUGGCGUGAACGUUCCCAUUCCCGUCCCCUUGCCGAUGUUUUCCUUCACCGGUUCCAGAGGCUCUUUCAGGGGCGACACCAACUUCUACGGCAAACAGGGAAUCCAGUUCUACACGCAGAUCAAGACCGUGACGUCGCAGUGGAAAGCCGAGGACGCCACCCUCACGAGCCCGGCCGUCACCAUGCCGACUAUGGGACGCUAAACCUCCUGCCCCGCCUUCAGUGACUUUGACAUGUGCCUUAAGACAAAACAUGACAUGGGAAUGGAGGAUGGCUCUUUUUCAUUAAAUGUAGAAAAUUGAUUUGGUAGGUGGGUUUAGUCAAAGGCUGGCAAGCAAACAAGUCGAAAUCCACACGCCUCCUAUGGAGAAACUGUUGUCGGUUCUCAUUGAUGUUGUGCGAUGCGUGUAAUCCUUUCCUGAGUCUGUUUGCUUUCGUUCCUUUAAGCCCGCAGGAGCAAUCAUAUAUCAAGAUUAACCUCUGAGCAGUCAACAAGAUGUCUUCCACCGACAAGAGCUUCACUGCACAUAUGUCAAAACGCUAUAUAUACGUAGGUGUACGUGUUCUCACGCUAAAUGUGAUUACGCACUUUCGUCUGCGAUACAUCAGAAAUCCUGUAUAAGACACCGUGCUGUCUGCUCUGUGUCAGAUUUACAUUCAACGGCAAUAAAUUGCAGUGGUUUAUUCGUUUUUAUUG